AUGAAGACAGUGGCCCGCAGCCACAUCUGGUGGGAGACGCUUGAACGAGACAUUGUUGCUAAAGUUCAAGGAUGCACCGUAUGCCAAGAAUGGCAACGCGAAUCGAAACCGGUUUCCCUGAAGCCCUGGCCGUUUCCAGAAAAGCCCUGGUCGCGAUUACACGUCGACUUUGCAGGGCCCUUUAAAAGUCAUUAUUUCUUUAUUGUAGUAGAUGCCUUUUCUAAGUGGGUAGAGGCUGAAGUGGUGUCGUCACCAUCGGCGGAAGCGACAGUCUCCUGCCUGCGUUCCAUUUUCGCAAGGCAUGGAUUGCCGGACGUUAUCGUGUCUGACAAUGGUCCAGCGUUUGUGUCUGGAGCCUAUGCUGACUUUCUCAACCGCAACGGAGUAAGACGACUUUUAUUUCCUCCGUAUCACCCAGCCUCAAAUGGGGCUGCAGAACGAGUUGUUCAGACCCUCAAGAAUAAGUUGAAGAAGACAAGCACUGGCGACUACAAGACACAGCUAGCUAGAGCCCUUUUCAGCUACCGAACUACGGCACACGAAUUGACCGGAUUGUCCCCGGCAGAACUGUUAUAUGGGAGGAAGCUCAAAACUGCGAUGGAUCUACUACAUCCUAAUCUACGCGACAAAGUGUCACGUAAGCAGCUGUACAGCAAAUUGCAUCAUGACAGGAACGCUCGUAUGCCAAGUGAUUACGAGCCUGGUGAUGCUGUAUUUGCGAGAAAUUUUAGGCCUGGACCGCCGUGGGUUCCUGCUGUGGUCACUCGGACUUCAAGAUCGCAGUCAGCCGUAGUCCAACGGCCUGGUGGUCUUACCUGGACCCGUCACCAAGACCACUUGCGUCGUGGAUCGCAGGAAGCAUCCACGGAACACUUGAGGGGAUCAGAAGGUACCAGUGAACCUACUAGUGAACAUACAACACCGCAACCGCAUGUGUUGGAGCAAUCACCGUCGAGCGCAACGGGACUUCCUGUUGGAUUGCCACCACCGCCGGAUCAAGGGUCAAGGUCUAUUCCGGAGCAGUCCCAGUCGGGCUCUUCUGUUACGCCGGAGGGUACGUCAGAGGACAGAACCGCUACACCGCCACUUAGAAGAUCAAGUCGAGUUCGACGUCCUGUUGUUAAAUAUAGUGCAUAG